AGUAAGAACUAGUUAGGUGCGGUCGGCCGGCUCUGGCUUUUUAAAAAGAGUUAUUUUUCUCUCCCCAGUCAGAAGUUUCAGAAUAUCCCAGAUUAAAUAAGGCCGGGCAGCGAAGAGGCUUGGAUGCAGCAAGGAAUCAACGCAAGAACUUCGCUGCGAGAUCUUGUCCGAGCUUUUCCUUCAUUUUUGAAAGGGGCAGACUCUAAUCCACCCCUUUGGUUCGGAUCGUCUCAGCGGGAAGCGGAGAAAAGGGGCGCAGCUUGAUUUGUGCAUGUCACCAACGUCAGAACCAGCUAAACUCGACAGACGAGAAGAUCUGUACUCGCCGGCAACGAUUAAGCAGGGCUUCGUGGUUCCCUGGAUUUGGCUCAGGGGAGGAGUCGUUUGGGCGUAGCAUCUCCACAAACCACAUUUCCUCUGGGUUUGUUGCAAGGCUUUUUCGUUUCAUCCCUGGGUCUCUUUUUUUCCCCUUCUCCUUCGAAGCCAUCCAUCCAUUUCCUCUCACCUCACCCCGCGAUUCGGCUGGAAAAUGACCCUGCAGUACAUCAAGAGUCAGAAAGGUAAGGACCAGCUGCUUUAUAAAGGCUACCUGCAUAAGAAAGAGCGGGUGAGCGGGGGCAAAAUUUUAUGGAAAUGUGCGGAGUACCACAAGUUCCGUUGCACCGGAAGAGCUCACACAUGCGAUGACCAGGUUGUAAAGUACUCGCCACAUCUUCACCCUCCCAACAAGACUGCACUAGAAGUCAAGAAAGUGGAGUAUGGCAUACAAGAACCGGCCUCUGGCCAAAAAUCCAUCGAGGAAAGGCUUACGCCAAACGGCGAUGCAUCGCCCGGGGCGGUGGUCGAGAAGAAGCCACGUAUCCAGAACAAUCCAAAGCAGACCAUCCAGCGCUUGCGAGCAUGUUUGAAUGCAACACGCCACAGCACCGCUGGUUCACAGACACCCCCCUCCAUUGCUGCAAAAGUUGCUGAGGGCCCACCUUUACCACGGCCAGUCACACUUCCUGGAUUGCGUGAGCAUGCCGAUGGCGUGGAAGACGGACAUUCCUUUCCCGGUAGCAAGACGACUGCGCCCCCUUCCACCUCGCUGUGCACCGGGCAGGAAGCCAGCCGGCAGCGGUUCCGCAUGGGCCGCAUCCUGCCCGGAGAAGCUCCCCAGGAUCUCCUCUCCCGGCUGAGCGAGGCCGCUCAGCAGUGGCUGUGUCCCUGGCAGCACAGCAAAGACCAGAUUGUAGACAUGGUUAUCCUGGAGCAGUUCCUGAGUGUGCUCCCGCCGGGCAUGCAGGCGUGGCUGAGAGCCAGAGAGCCGAGCAGCAGCAAGGAGGCGGUUCAGCUAGCGGAGACCUAUGUCAGGGAGCUGGAGCCGGCCAAGCCGAUGCAGGACCCAGUGACCUUCGAAGACGUUUCUGUGCAUUUCACCGAGGAGGAGUGGGCGCUGCUGGGCUGUGAGGACAAAGCCCUUUACUGGGCCGUCAUGCAUCAGAAUUACGACAGUGUGGCCUGCCUAGCAGGUUAUGGUGCAAAGCACAAAGAUAAAGAGAAGGAAGCUUUCCAAGAAGCUGCCACAAAUCUGGUGAUGGAUUUGUGGAGAAAAUCUGGAAAGGAAGUUUCACAAGGUACUGAACAAGGCUUGAUCACGGAGGACUGUCUGGAGAGGCAGUCUGAAAGCUACUCAGGAGAAGAAAUGUUUACUCAUGGCAGAAAGAGUUGGGAAGAAGUAGGCCCAGGGCCCGAUCAUAUAGAAAUGGAACUAGGACUGGAGAGUUGGUGCCCAUGUACUGAUUGCGAGAAACGGGCUGAAUCUUCAGCACAGAAAAUAUCCAGUGAGGAAGAUCGAGAGGUACUGUCUGGGGAGUUGCCUGAAAUUUCCCAAAAUCUCAACCAAAAUCUAAUCCAAGAGGACCAAAACCAUGUGGAGAAGCAACAGGCAAAGCUCUCGGGAAAGGGAGAUGAUAAUUUGAGGAACCUGAUUACUCAAAAUAUUGGGCCUGACCGUAUGAUUCAAUGCAUAACUAUGGACAGUACAGAACAAGAUGAAACAACACUCCUCCGUUAUAACAUCCACAGUGGGGAAGAUUCUGAAUGUGUCGUGCUCUCUGGGGAGUCACUAGAAAUGUCUGAGGCAAGAAUUUCCCAGGGAGCCAAGCAAGAACUGACAAAAGAUGCGCUUUGCUCAGAUGCUCAACCACCCGCAGAGGACCAGCAGAUGCACGUCUGUUGCAGGCAUCAAGGUGUGUGCUCAACAUGCACUGGCAGCCAGAACCCUGACUCUGGGGGAGACCUCUGUGUGCACCCUACGUGUACGAGACCAGUCACCCAGAAUUCGGCUCCUGUCACCUGGCCAAGCUGCUCUUAUACUGGGAGAAUCACUGGUGGCCCCUCGGCUUUUACAAAACACCGAAGAUUUGACAAAAAACACCAGCGUUUUAAGGAGAGAAACUGGUGCAUCAGGACCGCUCUUGCACACAAGAGAAUCCACCCAAGACGGGGGCCUCAGAAAUAUUUGCACCGGGAGGACCAGGGGGGCAACAGGCAAGGUAGUUGCAGGCUUCUUAAACCAGGAAAGGGCCUAAGGGAGCCCCCAAAACCAAGCUCCGUAAAGCUGAGCACCCCAGUGCAUGGAACCUCUCAUCCAACUCUGGAGAGAGCUGGCACGCCUUCAGGAGCAGGAGCUUCCUCUUCAGACCCCAAAGGCCUGGAUCCCCAGCAGGGAUCUUCCUCCCUUCCCCUUCUGGACAAACCGGCCACGGAGUCUGCCCUGGCCCAGUUAAUUGCUGUCCUGCAGCAGGUGGCGGCAGAUACGGCCGAAAUUAAGUCUGCCGUCUCCAGCCUGCACAGCACGAUAACCGGCAUCCACGAUGCCCUGGGCAGCCUCUCCGGGUCCACGGAUGAGGCUGAGCACAGGAUUUCCCACCUGGAGGACACAUCCCGGAACACCAGGGCUCAGCUGGUGCAGCACUGCAACGAUAUCAAAGCCAUCGAGGCCAGGCUGGUCGGGAAGCCUGUUCAGAGCAACGUCAUAGCAGGCCUGUGGUCAUUGCUGGGGGCCAAGAGAGGGGCGAGUCCUCUGUAUCUGCCCCCCAAGUCAUGAGUAAGGAGGAUUCCAAAGAUGAUUGUUUUGGCUCAAAGAGGAUUCAAAGGCCAAUCAUUCCAUAACUACCCAGGCGAAAUUGUCCAGCCACCCAGUCAAAUAGCACUUCUUUUUGCCUUCUUGGAAAACCUUUGCAAGCCUUUGAACCCGUGCUUGUUUCAAUAAAUCCAUCGCAAUCACA